CACCACCUACCAAGCAAUGACGCUAUAAUCUUCGGAUCCCUCUGCCAUCACACGCGCACCCGCUGGACGCCGACCGUGCCUGUUGUCGCCUGUCUUGUCGUCCUGGCGUCUGCUUGUCGGUGGCUGUUAGAGUUUUUAACAACAACCUAUAACCACCACCAUCUACCGACCACCGACCAUGCCUACAACCCACGUCGAGCCCAACUCGGAAGCACUGCUUCAGGAAAUUGCGAAUUCCCUCUACAAGGCCAGGAAGGUCGUGGUCAUCACCGGCGCUGGAAUCAGCACCAACUCGGGCAUUCCCGACUUUCGAUCCGAAAAUGGUCUCUACUCCCUGAUCCAAGCUCAGUUCGAUGCCGCCGAGAAGCAGAAUGCUUCCCAAGAGUCCGAGACGUCUGCUGAUGGACCGGCGAAACGACUCCGAAUCGACCCUCAAGACGCCAACGGAAAAGACGUGAGCGACUCCGAGCUACCUGAUACGAGCGCGGUAGGGGAGGACAAGAUACACGAUUCAAUCACAGUCACCACCCCCCGGUCCAAGAUCGCCAGCAACAAUAGACAGCCCUCGGACCGCCCUCCCCAUUUCCAGGCCUCUCCGCCCACCCUCGAUUUCUCCCAUCUGCGCGACGACCGCGGCCUGGGCUCUUCGCCCUUGUCCUCGCCUCCGCCGGUUCUGCUCGAUCCUUACCGUGACAGCUCGACUUCGCGCUCUUCCCGCAGUGGCAGUGUCUCUUCGUCCGACUCCGACAGCCAAGAUCCCUCGUCCGUAUCUACACCUUUCCUGACGUCCCAGUCGUCGUUCUCGUCCAAGAACACGCUACCAAACAUGAAGGGCAAGGAUCUCUUUGACGCCCAAAUCUGGUCGUGUCCCGUCAAGACGUCGGUUUUCUACACCUUUGCGACCACCCUUCGCCACAAGGUGCGCGCCGCCGAGCCAACAACCAGCCAUCACUUUGUCAGUGUCCUCCGUGACAGCAGAAAACUGGUCCGUUGCUACACCCAAAACAUCGAUCAACUGGAGGAACGCGUCGGUCUGGCCACAUCGCUCGAACUCGGUGCUGGUAGCCGCUACCGUUUUUCGACCCGAAAGCCUGCAGGUGGCCGGCCCAAGGAUGCAGAUCAGAGCCAGGAAGAGGACCGCCCCUCGUCAAGUCAGGGACAAAAGGAGAAUGAGUGCCCGCCAGCAAGUCAACCACCGGCAUCCCAACCCGAGGCUUCGCAGGAUACAUCGUCACAACCGGCCGCCCCUAACCGUGGUGUCGAAUGCGUUUUCCUCCACGGAUCCCUGGCCGAGCUCCGAUGCUUCGUCUGCGCCCGGACCGCCUCGUGGGAUGAUGCUGAUCGCCAAGCGGAUACCCUAGCUGGUCGGCAACCAACUUGCCCCCAUUGUGCUGGUGCGACGGCAGCCAGAGAGGAACGGGGCAAACGAGCGCUGGGAGUAGGCAAGCUUCGCCCGGAUAUUGUCUUGUACGGCGAAGAGCACCCACAUGCUCACCUGAUCAGUCCUCUGGUGCAGCACGACCUUUCCCUCGGACCGGAUAUGCUUCUCAUUCUUGGCACCAGCAUGAGAGUUCAUGGCCUAAAGGUGUUGGUCAAGGAAUUUGCCAAGGCUGUUCAUGACAAGGGAGGUAAGGUGGUGUUUGUCAACUUUACCAAACCCCCUGACAGUGUAUGGUCGGAUGUUCUUGAUUUCUGGGUGCAAUGGGAUUGCGACGCCUGGGUGGGAGAUCUCCAGACUAGGAAGCCUGCGCUGUGGUUGCCACCUGGUACGGUUUUGCCGGAAGAAGAGAAGGCCAAGGCUAGUAAGGCCAGAACUAGUGGUGGUGGAGAGACUAGCAAGAAGAAGGCUGAGAAGGCCGCCGACAAAGCAGCCGAGAAGAACGAGAAGAGUACGGACAAGGACAAGGCAGUGGAGAAAAACAAUGUCGACAAGGACAAGUCUGACAAGACCGAUGAGCCUCCGACAUCUAACAGGAGGAGGGAAAGCGACAAUAAGGGUCUGAAGGCACUGGUCGAAGCAGCAAACACGGUCCAGGACCAGUUCGCUAUCGAGGCCCUGAGUGCCUUGAAGAAACACAAGGUAACUCCGGAGGAGAUGAGACAGCAACAGGAGUCAACCGAAACAACCGAGGCAGAGAUGCCGCCACCGCCGGCACCUGUUACAAAGACAGCUCAAAAGCGACCUACGAGAGCCCCUAGGGAACCCAAACUCAACCCCGAUGCGAAACGACCGGCGUCUGUACGUGAUCAUAAGAACAAUGCGGCACAUCUGGUUUGGAGGAUCAUGAGCAACUUGGAAGUCAUCAGGAAUCUGGAAAGAGAAGUGGAGAAGCAAGUGCCUGUUCCUGCUGAGACGAAUACUAAGGACAAGUCAAAGGCCAAGAAGAAAAAGGUUACUGCUUCUCAGAACGACAAACCAAAAGCAGCGGCUGGAAAGAAGCCCCAGCCUAACCGGGACAUUCAACCACCGGUACAAGUGUCUGCCAGUGACGCAGGUGGCAACGUUCCAGAACAGGACGAAAUCCAGGUGGACCUUGAAGCCGACUCCAUCACCGCAGCGGUUAAGACUCGCAAGCGAAAACGGAAUGUCACAUGGAAAAUGAUACGGGGUGUCGAGACCCGCGUCUCUCUCGAUACAAACGGGACAGAGGUCGCUCUCCCACCACCACAUCAUCCCCAUGCUACCGCCGUCCCGGUUAACAUCCCAUUCAAGGCGCCUCAACGUCAGCGUUCCAAGACUCCUGAAGUCCCUCAGCCUCCGGCACCACGACAAACACAACUCUUACCGCCAGCAACGAUACCCAAGAACCGAGCGCUGCCGAAACCCAAACCGCAGGCCCCUCGAAACCGAACCAACAGCGGUGCUAGCAUACCGCCUCAUACGGCGAUACAUACAACCGCAAUCUUCACACCCAAACCUCUCGCCAACCUCGCUGUUGAGGUAGUUGACAAAUAUGACGCCGGUUUCGAAGAGACUGACCGGCUGAUCGCUAGGUACCAUGAGCUUGCUUCGAAUUCGCAGUCUCGCGCCUCCACUCGCGCUUCCAGUCCGCAGCCGAGACAAACUGAGACCCCCAAGGAACACCAGCUACCGCCCCUGAAUAUGAGGAACCUCAACAAUGCCCAGACUACCGUUCCAAGCCGAGGUUCAACCGUCACCAAGGGGGGCAGAAAGAGGAGUAAGACUGGACCCGCCAAUGGCUUGCUUAAGUUGCAGGUGUUGGAGCCCAAGUUCGAUACACCCGGACCGUUGUCAGAGAACGUGUUGAGUCCUAAUGUGGGCAGCCCGCCAUUAGGUUCGAAUGGACCGAGAGGUAGGAUGGGCUCGGUACAUCAACCGCAGGGACACAACGACCAGGAGAACCAACCACCAGGCCAAGAGCAACAUGGGCAGCCGCCAGCAGACCAACAAGGACUGUGUCAGCAGCAACAACAGCAGGUACCGCCACAUGGCCAUCCAACCAACCAAGCCCGCAACCCUUUCUUCUACUCGGAUCCUCUCGCGUCACAACUGAGUUUCCCCCCUAGGUGGGGGGAUCAACAGGAACAGCCACCUCAGUCCCAGUAUCAGCAAGGCCCUUCCCCAGCGAACUACCCACCUAGGUAUUGGAGUACCACCGCUCUCGAUAUGUUUUUCCGGCCAUCCAUGGAUGCGCAAAAGCAGCCCUUGCAGGAACAGGAACAGGAACAGGAACAGAAUAUGGGCCUAGGCAUCCAAGAACCCGCGCCUGCACCCACGCCCGCGCUUGAAACAGAAAACGAAGCAGACGACCCCUGGAUGGAAGCCGCUCGCCGUGUCCGUCAACGCUUGCCUAUGGGGGGUGAUCUCGGCGCGGCAGCACUUGCUCAGCUGGCAGUACAAGGAGCUCCAGUACCAUCGACACUGCCGUUUUCGACGGUUCUCCCGGGAAGGGGCGUUCCAGCGAGGUUUUAUACGCCUUUUCAGGCUUGGCAGCAGCAGAGGUUGGAGGAGAUACGGCAGAAGGGACCACCGCUGGAGCAAGGCGGGCGGCAGCGGCAAGCUGUGGGGGCUGAGCCGGGGUCGAUGGCUGGACCGGGAUCAGGACCAGGACCAGGACCGGGGCAAGGUCGGUGGCCGCCGGGGUGGUCGGCGGAGGAACAGUUGAGGCAGGAGGCGGCUAUGAUGCUGAGUUCUAUGAGAGGGAGCGCUUAGGGAGUGUUUAUCAAGGAACAUUGGCAUUUAUGGCUGGGAUGUAGGUGAUGGGUAUAGCAUUACUGUGUGAGCGAACUUUGAGAAGUGAAGGUCACCUCUAUAGAGGUAGGAUUGCAUCGAU